CAAAAAACGCACCAUGCCUUAUGAACGAAUAAAACGGGAGUACCCUCUGCACUUUUGCGUCUGGUUUAACGAUUAUAAGGAACUUGACAGAUGCUUACAGACAUCAGAGUAUGAUAUUGAACUUCGGGAUCCCCGUGGAAGAACUCCUCUAAUGCUUGCUGUCACUUUAAACCAUUUAGAAUCUGCUCGAGUGCUUCUCCGGCAUGGUGCUGAUGUCAUUAUUGAAAAUAAGCAAGGCUAUACAGUUGUUCAUGAAGCUGUGAGCACUGAAAAUGCUCAGCUUUUACAAGAAGUUUUAGAGAAAAGAGAUUUUCAACGUUAUAGCACUCGAGCAAUAGGAAUUCCUGACCUACUUUCCAAAAUACAAGGAACUCCAGAUUUUUAUGUGGAAAUACGAUGGGAGUUCAUUAGUUGGGUUCCUCUCUUAUCACGAAUGUGCCCUAGUGAUACUUAUAAAGUAUACAAAUGUGGUUCUAGUGUUCGGAUAGAUACAACACUGUUGGGAUUCUAUCAUUCCAAAUGGCAACGAGGAAAUCGAAGUUAUAUUUUCAAAGGCAAUGAUGAUGGUGCUGUGAUAAUGGAAGUAAAUCAUGAUUCUAAGAAAGUUUAUAUGGAGCAAAUGAAAAUUUUGCCUGCUCAUAUGAUGAGUGUUAUGGUUGCAUUAUCACCUUCACCAGAACAAGUUGCACAACGAUUUGCUGCACCUAUUGUUACUACUUUUGUUGAUACAGAAAAGAUAAGGUUUGAUAGAUUAAAAUCUGGAAUUUUACAGAGAAAAAGCUCAAAACCUGUUAUUAUAAAUGGAUAUGAGUGUAGGGUUUAUGUUGCUAGCAAUGUAGAAUUAGUUACUAAAACGAGAACGGAACAUUUAUCUGAAACAGACAAAAGGAAAUAUAAAGCAACUCGAUCUGCUUUCCAGUCAUUUUUAGGAAUCAUGGAAGUAGAUGAGCGUAGCAAUACGAUGUCUGUUUUUGGUGAAGUUAAUUCUCCAAAUCCUGCUCUAAUUACUCCCGAGGAAUACUUUGAUUCUCAUGUUGAUCUGAAGGGACGGGAUGUAGGUCGACCAAGAGAAGUUACAACUAAAAUUCAAAAGUUUAAAGGCACAAUUUGGUUGUGUGAGAAUUAUCCUUUGUCUUUGCAAGAACAGUUAAUUCCUAUUAUUGAUUUGAUGGCUAUUAGUAAUCGACACUUCGCUAAGCUUCGUGACUUCAUCAUGCACCAGUUGCCUGCAGGUUUUCCUAUAAAAAUGGAAGUGCCCCUUUUUCGCGUUCUACAAGCGAGAGUUACAUUUGGAAAUAUAUUUGCCUUAGAUUCGCCUGUGAAUUUUGUAUCACCAUACAAGAUAGAUGGCUGUCUUGCAUGUGAGAUAGACACAGCUUGUUUCGAUGUACCUGAAAACUACGUGAAAUUUGGCAAUACACAAGCAAAUAGACCUGUAGAAAAGCCUCCAAGAACUGCAGAAAGUAUAGCUGAAAGAAGAGAAGAAAGAAGACAGAAGAUAUUGAUGAAAUAUGGCUAUACAUCUCCUCCAACUCCUUUUACAACUGUAACAUCUUCUAGCAGCUUUACCUCGCCAACAACUUCUCAAGCCCAAGCUUCUACUAGUACAGAAAACACUGCACUGACUGAAAAUUCCAAUCCCCCACCUGAAAACAGCCGUACUUGGAGAUCUGUUGCUAAAAAAAUAAAUCUGAUUCUCACCGGACUUUCAUAUGGAGACCAAGAGAACACCAUUGAACGACACCGUUACGGUGAUGCAAGAUGGCUCGUUUGGGAAGGAACUAUUCUUGAUUCCAGUACUGACUUGCAUGUUCAGAGUAACAAUGACAGGCCACAUCUGUAG